ACUGUAAUAUGUGGCAAAAAUGUAUUGCAAGAGGCGAGAGAAUCAGUUAAUCAGUUGCUCAGUCGUUUGUUUGUUUUUAAUUGACGGAGACAUGUUUCAUUUGCGGUUCGGUGUGCUCUCGUGUUUAGUGCUCGUCGUUUUGACCGGCGAUUCAGAUGCCUUCAAAAUCAAAACGGUGAAAACAAAAUGUCCAGCGGUUCGAUCCCUACGCAAUUUCAAUCUCGAGGAGUUGGCAGGAUACUGGUACGUGAUCGACUAUUACGCCAUGUCGGAGGAAGAGUUAUCAUUCCGGUGCAUGCAAGCCGAGUUCACGGUUUCACCGCCUCCAGAUUGGACCGUGAGCAUGUACUUCACUUACAGCUACAAAGACGACCCGGAGAAAGAGGUGCUCUUUGGCAACAUCACCUGGCGGAUCCCUGACAGAAAGCAGUUGGCACACUGGAUACAUGCCGAGGACAUAUACGAAGGCGUAUACAACACUUACGUUCUGGACUCGGACUACAAGUCCUGGACGCUACUGCUUCACUGCGCCGAGAAAACCGGGAGCCCGCGCUACCUGUCCAGCUUCAUCCUGAGCAAGGAGCCGCAGCUCCCGGAAAACGUCAUCAACUUCCUGCGGGAUAAGCUGCCCCGCUACGACGUGGACCUCGAGUACAUGUUCCACAUGGAGCAGACCCACUGCGCUAACCCGGAUCGCGUCCUGCACUACGGGUCCGGGCUCACGAAUAGUGUCCAGAAAAGUGCGCGUAGACACCCGCUCCAAAGGACCCAUGAGUGAACUGGUGUGAAGGAGGAUGAGCUGCCCUAAAAAUAAGGGUGUUCGGAAGUUAUUCUGCACUCGAAGAGAAGGACGCGAGAGAGAUGAUUUUGAGUUUCCAAAUUCUUAUCGGCGGUCGAUCAUAUUUUUACUGUAACUGAAUUCGAAAGGUCCCGGAAAUACAUCGAUGGAAAAUGACCGGAAAUGCUGUCUUGAAGUAUUGGUGAUCAGCUCCGUUUUUUCAAAAUCAUGACGUUUUCGAGGUGAUUUUUUUUUUCAAAAACACCCUUAUAAUGCCUAUAAUAACUUUCAGAAAAAGUUUUAUGUCACUAUACUUAACUAAACAGCCGUUAAUGUGUUGAAGAUUUGGCGAUUGCCAUUUGUAAAAGAUCGAAUAAAGACCCUAAAUGUCGAAGAA